AUGGCGGCCGCUCCCGCGCCGCCGCCGCGGUCCACAAAAGAGAAGCCGCCCCCGGUGCCAAAACGAGGCGGCAAGCGCAUGUCCUUCGCGACGGAGCGUGUAAGGGUCGCGGUACGUAUCAGACCGCUCGUCGCCCACGAGGCCGAUCAAGUGCCUUCCGUAAGAUGUAUUGAUAGAGGCGCGCUCGAGGUCACGACGCCGAGCGCCGGCGGCGUUUCUACCAUAAAAAAAUACGAUUUUGACCUGUGCCUUGGUCCAUCAAGUACGGAGGAUUCUGUUUUUGAAGCGCUGGGCGCGAAGGCGUUAUUAGAUCGCGCGUUACGAGGUAUCAAGGCGACGGUCUUCGCGUACGGCGCGACUGGCAGUGGAAAGACUCAUACCAUCCUAGGCCAUGAACGAGAGGACUUUGAGUCAUUGCCCGUUUCACCAGGCACGGACCUGAUCAAUGAUAGAGAUGGCUUGGUUGCACGGGCCGUCAAGUACCUCUAUCAAACGGCAGAUUCAGACUUACAAAUCAGGGCGUCGUUCUUCGAGGUCUACUGCGAGUCUAUAUAUGAUCUGCUCGAACCCAAUGCAACCGCGUUACCGUUACGGGAGGGCCAGGGCGGGUUUUUCGCUCCUGGUUUAAGUGAACUCGACUGCCACUCUUCGGAUGAUGUGGAAGCUAUUUUAAGGGAGGGUCGACGCUCGAGACGAAAGGCCUCGCACAAACUGAAUCGCGAUUCGUCUCGUUCUCAUGCUUUGCUCGUGUUGCGGUUGAGUCAUGGGGCCGCGAGGGGUCGCGUGACGUUCGUGGACCUGGCCGGGAAUGAGAGGUUGAAAAGAAGUAAAGAUAGCGACCCGCGCGAGACGGGGGCCAUCAACCGCUCGUUGCAAGCGUUAGGCAAAGUGAUUUCUAUUCUAUCUCGCAAAGAGGAUCAGACAGAGCACGUGCCCUACCGCGAUUCGACGCUGACGAAGCUCUUGAUGGACUCGUUGGGCGGCGACGCGGCGACGUUGAUGGUGGCCUGCGCUUCUCCGGCCGCGGCGCACGUCGACGAGACGCUGUGUACCCUAGGUUAUGCUAGACGCGCUCGAGGCAUCGUCAACGCGCCCUUCGCGACGUUGGUCGGUGCUGAUACGAAUGCGGAGCGGCGGCAGCAGGAAAGAGAUAGGAACGAGAUCGAGCGAUUACGGGACGACGUCGCGCGGCUAAGGGCCGAGAAUUUGCGACUGUCCGAGGAGAACGCGCGGCUGCUAUCACUCAAAACCGUCGAGGAAGACAGUGAUGAUGACUACGACCAGAUAAGCGUGGUGAGUCGAGGGGGGACAAGAAGGCACCAGCGCGUGAAGCGGAAGGCACCUAAGAAAGUUCUCAAGGACCUUUCCGUGGCCGAGCCGCCGCCCACGAACGACGUGGAAGAUAAACUGCGACUGGAGAACGAGACCUUGAAGGCGGAGCUCCACGAGCUUUCAGUGAGAUUCGACAAAUUUCAUUCAGAGCAGGACUACCAGUUUUCACAGGUCCAGGAGGCCCACGCGACCCAACAAAGCCAGUGGGCCGCGGCCCUCGAACGGUUACAGGCGGAGCACAAGCGCGAGGUCGAUGACCUGAACGAGGCGCACGCGCGGCAACUAAAAGAUCGGCCCAGGUCGUCCGACUCCGCCGAGGACUACUACAAGAAGUUUUACACCGAGCAAUUGUUGAAUCAUCAACGGAAAGUGGACCCGACGUUCCAAGGGAGGGGCGACCCGCACUCGGCCGAGACGACGACGCGGAACUUGAGCGACCACCACGAGACGGAGUUGAUUAGUGUGAGGCGGUCGCAGCGCGGCGAGGUCGUCAAGAAGCACCGGGACGUGUCCGCGCUGCUAGGACUCGCCUAAAAGAGAUUUACGUAGACCGCUCCGAGCGCGACGACGACCGCGCCCGCGACAGGGAGUAAACUGCCGCCGCCGUUGAGGUCGCGCCGCAUCG